CCCUGCCCGGGGAGGGCCACUGCGUGGAGCCUGGCUCCUCUACGAGGAGACCUCCCGUAGUCAGGGCUUUCCUCGAUAGAGGAACAUGGCCUCCACGGCUAGUGGCCCACGGAGUGCCAGCGGAGCGGCUCACAGACCCCGUAGGGUGGGACUACUCUGCGGGGCAGCAGGACGCUCCGCUGGGCCCCUGCUCGGGGAGAGCCACUGCGUGGUGCCUGGCUCCUCUACGAGGAGACCUCCCGUAGUCAGGGCUUUCCUCGAUAGAGGAACAAGGCCUCCACGGCUAGUGGCCCACGGAGUGCCAGCGGAGCGGCUUGCUGACCCCGUAGGGUGGUACUACUCCCUUCCCUGCGGGGCAACAGGACGCUCCGCUGGCCCCUGCUCGGGGAGAGCCACUGCGUGGUGCCUAGCUCCUCUUGGACCAAUUGGACCUAGUCCGGUCUUUCCUUGUCAGAGGAACAUGGCCCUCACGGCCAGUGGCCCACGGAGUGCCAGCCGAGCGGCUUGCAGACUCCGUAGGGCUGUCCUCCACUCACUUCCCUAUGUGACCUUCCGCCCAGUCUUCCUCUCUUCCUCUAAUACGUUGUACAUACUUCGCACCACCUUGCUAGUACCAUCGGUCCAAAAGUCGGUGCAAAGUUGUACUUUAACUGUUUUUUUUUUUUUUGCACCCAAAAUAAAAUUGGUGAAAAUGUUCUCCCCUCUCUAGCGGCCCCUCGCAACCUCC